AUGACCCGCAAUGGAAAAAAUACGCCCGAUCUCGACGCCCUAGCCAGCGAGUCAUGGUUCUUCAACCAGCCGAACGAGAAUAUUGACACCAUUCGUGCUCGGCUUGGCCCAUCAUUAAACUCAUUUAUUGAUUCAAUCUAUGAUCCGACGCCGGGAUUCUUUUACUGGGUGAGUAGGCUUCGAAUGGAACUUGUCGACGAGUCUUUCCCCCUCGAAGAUAACGAUUUCGAGGAUAAAGAGCGGUUUAUAAUCAUUCAUGACACAACUCCCGAUCUAGGCUCCCACUGUCUUGGUGUUCUCUAUGACCAGCUGAACCAUCGUGCCUCAUUCCCAUUGACCAUCGAGAAUUCAGGAAGUAUCGAGCCUGUUGCUGAACACUGGGAUAUGUGGUUUCCUCUAGAGACGAUUCUUACCCAAUGGAUCCAUAUGCUCCGAAUGGGAAAAAUUACAGCUGAUCCACGGAACGAGAGAGACUUGUCCGAUGAAGAAGCGAAUUCGCGACAUCAAAUUGGAUUAUGGUGUUGGCACCCAUACUGCGCUGCUCAGAUUGAUGGUACGGUUGGUGCGAUGGACCGCUACACAGACGCGAUCGAAUCAUGUAUGCAGUCUCUUUUGCCAAUAUCCCGGGAUGCACCAUUUUUUACCAAUGCAGAGCUUGAUUCGGCUUUAGUGCCAAAGGAGUGCUUUAUUUGCUCUCUUUUGACCCAGGUGAGGUCCCCGCGUUUUAAGCUAAUCGCGCCCGGCCUAGAGGUCCCACACGACAAGGAAGCCUUCACGGCGCGUCAGAUGUUUAACGCGGAAGGUCAGGGCAGGGAUGUGCCGCCAUUCCUACUCUUUGCAUCUGCGGAUGAUAGCCACACGAUCAGUUUCAACGAAGAAAUUCAUCGUUUGUUCUUUGGAUCGAGAAAUGAUGUGCCAUUUAACGAAGGUGAUCCUGUUCCCAUAUGA